AGAAAUUUUAACUUUAUCUUAACUGCUGUUUCAAUAUCACAGAAAAUAUAUACGGAAAAAAUUCAACUUUAACACAUUUUUAUUCAUAAUUUUUCUAGCUAUGAAUAGUUUUUGGCUACUGAGUUUAAUAUGUUUCUCAACAGGACUAACCAAUGCAGGAGUCCUGGAUGAUAUCACGUCCACAGCAUCAGGUCUCCUAGCGAUUCCUGCAUUGAUUCCAUCUUUGAAAAAGCAGAAGCAUUCACCCAACACAGCGUCGGAUGUGAAAAAAUCUUAUGACUAUGUUAUAAUUGGAGCCGGCUCAGCAGGUUCCGUAUUAGCCAACAGACUGUCUGCCAACCCAUGUGUGAGCGUUGUCGUUCUAGAAGCAGGCUCUACCCCACCUAUUCUAACCGAAAUUCCUUCGGCCGAAAGAUUUUUUGUGCACUCUUCCAUUGAUUGGGAUUUCGAAAGUGUUCCUCAGCAAAGAUCGGGGCAGAAUCUCAAAGAAAGGAAAGUGAGGUAUGCAAGUGGCAAAGUUCUUGGAGGUUCCAGUGUCCUGAAUGAUGUACAGUAUAGUCGUGGUAAUCCACAGAAUUAUGAUGAUUGGGAAUCUAUGGGAGCAAAAGGUUGGGCCUACAAAGACGUCUAUAAAUAUUUUCUCAAAUUAGAGGACAACAGAGAUCCCGAAUACGCAAAUGAUGGAUAUCACAGUGUUGGUGGACCACAAACUGUAUCAAAGCCUAACUACAACCCUGAACUCAAAAAGCAUAUCUUUGAAGCUGCGAAAAGCUUGAACAUUCCUGUUACUGAUUCCAACAGUCCCCACCAACUUGGAAUUUAUGACUUGCAAGGCACUUUAAGGGACGGUCAACUGUGCAGUACAGCAAAAGGGUAUUUAGUGCCAGCUGAUUCUCGCAGCAAUUUGGAUAUAGUAAAAGAUGCAUUUGUUCGAAAAAUAAUAAUUAAAAAUGGAGUGGCUACUGAUGUUGAGUUCAAGUACAAAGGUUCCAUUCGAACCGUGGCUGCCGAAAGGGAAGUUAUAUUAUCAGCUGGAACAGUCAACACACCUAAGAUAUUAAUGCUGUCAGGAAUCGGACCAGCUGAACAUCUUAAAGAACAUAAAAUAGACGUUAAUGCAGAUUUGCCAGGAGUUGGACAGAAUUUACAAGAUCAUGUGGGAUCUAUUGAAAAUUUUGAAGUAAACAAUACUGUAAAUGUUCUUUUCAAAAUGCUAAAUCCAGCUAACAUUGGCAAAUAUGUCUAUGACCGUUCAGGAGUUUAUUCAGCUGCCCAAUUAGUUCUAGCACUUUCAUAUUUGCAGAAUCAAAAUAAUCCAAGAGUUAACAGUGUUCCAGAUCAUCAACUCUAUUUUGUGGAACUGAAUACUGUUCUACCCCUGUUGGAUUUUAAUUUGAAACCCGAGGUGUUUUCUCAAGUAUAUUCAAAAUACACUUUUACUCCCUAUCUUGGAUGUCUUGUUCAUCUUAUGCAUCCAGGUAGCCGAGGGACUAUAACUCUGAAAUCAGCUGAUCCAGAAGACCCUCCUCUCAUAGAUCCAAAUUAUUUUGAAGAUCCAUCUGAUGUUCAUGACAUUGUUGAAGCACUAAAAGACUGCAGGAGAUUUGCAGACACGCGUCCAAUGAAAGAAAUCGGCACUAAGAGGUUUGAUACUCUCUAUCCCGGAUGUGAAGAAUACGCUGGCAAUGAAGAUGAGUAUUACAGGUGUCAAGUGAUUACAGUACCUAUUACUUACUACCAUUAUGCUGGAACUGCAAAGAUGGGUGAUCCCAGAGAUAACAUGAGUGUAGUGGAUCCAGAGUUAAGAGUCAAGGGGAUAAAAAAUCUUCGAGUGGUUGACUCAUCUGUUAUGCCAACAAUCACAACUGGUAACACCAAUAUUCCAACAAUCAUGAUUGCUGAGAAAGCGUCGGAUAUGAUAUUAUCAAGCGUCAACUGCAAAAAUUAAAUGUUGUCUUAUGUGUUUUCUGUCUAACUCGAAAUAAAUAAUGUUUUAUAUUAAUCAGUGAAUAUGAAAAAUACUUGUAAUAAAAAUGCAUGCUUUU